ACUGUAUUUAUAAUUAUAAAAAAUAGUAAUCAAACAGAAAAAGGACAAGAUGUUUAAGAGAGACACUAAUAUUGUGGCUCUCUCCCCUCUUAGGCCCAGUAAAAAAAAAUUAUUAAAUUGAAUACAAGUAAUCUUCAAUAAAAUUAGUUUCUUACAGAAGGCUUGAAAAUAAAAUGCUCAGAUUUGUAUAUAUUGAAAAUUUUGAACAUGUAAGCAUGCAAAAAUGGUGAUUUUUAUUUUGGAUGGGAAUAAUUACAAUGAUAAAGUUUCCUGAGAUAAAUUCCUAUUAGUUUACCUAGGAUUGGAUUGAAAAUAAUCAAUGUUUUUCCUAGAGUAUCUAGAGAGAGAUAGGCCCUGACACAUGUAGGAACCAGUUUCAACUGUUAUCUUUCACUGGCUAUAGGUUUUUGCAUAGCAUUUCCCCACAAAACAUUUGUUUUUGCAGUUUAAGGGUUUAAUUGGAAAGAGGUGUAGAGUAGGAUUAAAUUUGACUGUUACAAUUCAACAGAUGGUGAAUUGAAUAUUAAUGUUAAUGUGGGAGACUUCAAACCUGAAGAACAAAAUGUGCAGACUGGUAUGUUUGCAACAGAGUCUGUGGGAAGGCAGGAGGUUCAGCAGCCAAGGGCAUUUGCUUCAAUAGCUGCAUUGGGAAGCGUGUCUUAUCCACAGACAGAACAUCUCCAGGCUCUCAGAGAGGAAGUCUGUCUAUUAUUAACAAGAAAUUUGCUCCAAAAUACACCUCUACAGUCCAGUGAGGAGCUCAACAUGUUUAUGGAAUGCGUGAAAGAAAUGCAACUCAUCAUCAAAGGUUUUCAUCAAGGUAGUUUGGUGAUAACGGUGAAGUGUGAAUCUCUUCAGAUCUUGGAGGAAUUGUGGACAAAUUACUCAUCUGGUCAUCUUGGUGAAGUGGUUCAAAACUGUUUUGUAACUGAAAAGAUCUUGAAGGAACUUAACUUGGCAUUGCUGAAGCUGAAAACAACAAUGGACAUAGACGAGUACAAUGCAUGCAAAGUAUACUUUGAGAGACUUGCAUUUAGAGAUGCUUUGUCAACUCAGUCAUACUUCAUAAGUACUGAAGAUGACGUACAGUCAGAAAGAUGGAAACAGAACACUGAAGUUGUGGAGUCAGAGGAAGUGAAAAGUAGUUCACCCAUUCUUGAAAUGGCCACCACUGGUCACAAUAAAGAAGGAGAAGAACCACAAGAAACUAUGAAAGAGGAAAGUCGUAGAAAGAGGAGAUCGUCCCCAGGCUGCAGUAACCAGGAUCCUAAACAUCCCAGAGUAGCAUUUGUGGACUUGGCAGGUUAUUUUUAGUCUUGAAUAAAGGCUGAUAGUUUCGAAAGAAACUGUUUGGGGCUGCAUCGGUGGG